CCCAUGCAGGAGCGCACAGCAUCCACGACACUGAAACGCGUCGCUUCCAAGGAAAAGAUUCGGGGUAAAAACGCAGAAAAUACUGGACCAGUAACAAGUUCAAAGAAAAGUAACAAGGUGAAGAGAGCAGGGGGACAGGUGAAAAAUGGCCUCCCAGGGCCAGGUCAGGAUAAGGAUACAGAGCCUACUGGCCAGAGGGGAACUCAAUCAAGAGGCGGUAGAGUCAAAUCUGGCACCAUACGAAAUACAAGCAAACUAUCCAGUCCUAAAGAGGAAGAAGUCCUGAAACCACAACUCUGGAAACACUCAUCCACACAAAGGAAAGAAGAAAAACGAGAAAUACAGCGGAUGUCACCUUGCUACAGUGAAGUGGAUCAGAAUCGUGGGGGAAUGGGCAGAAAUCGGCGAGACCUCUCCCUACCUCUCUCCACAAUUGCUGGGCUAAGUCAGGUGCCAACACAUCCUCAAAUUCAGUCCCACGGCCCUAUCCCAGACACACUACAACAGCACUACAACCAGAGGGAAGAUGAUACUGACAGCGCCAGUGACCUAUCAGACUCUGAGAGGCUGCCUAUACUCCCCUCCCCCUGUACUCCCUGCACCCCUCCUCACCUCAAUCUCAGAGCUGAGGUCAUCAACACCAAUGACUUCCCACCAGAAUUCCCAGGACCACAUGGGGCCUUGAGUGAUGGGGAUGAGAGUGAGAAGCCAGGCUACAGCUAUCCAGACUUCCUUCCACCUCCAUUCAACAGCUGGAGCCUGCGCCAGCUGGCAGUGUUCCUCCACACAGAAGGUCGCGGAGCCCCCAGGCCCAAGCCUGUAGGGCCCCUAGAGAAAUACCUGGAGAGGCUGCUUCAGCUGGAGUGGCUCCAGAUCCAGACCGUGCAGGCUGAGAGUAGUCGCCUGCCUGGAAGCCGUCCCAGGCCACAAGGUUUUCCCUCUGCCACUACUGUCCACACACCAAGGCCCCACACAGCCCCACCCAGUAGACUCAACUCCCCCAAAGGACUGCGACAAAGCCCACGAGCCUUCCCAUUUAUCCCCGUCAACAACCCUCUAUCACCUGCCUCUGCCCAGCAGCAGCCCUCCCGCUUCCCAGUCUGUCCUCACUGUCACAUCCGUUAUCCGCUCUGCAAUGGCAGCUGCUCAGCCUACGCCUACCAGCGGCACUCGCGGCUCAGCCCGCUGAUGGAGCGCAGAGCCAGGCCUGGAGCUCCGGCCAAGAGGAGCAGCAGUGAGAGCCGGGCCACCUCCUCAGAAGGUAGGGCAACAGGAGGACAAGCAGGAAUUGGAGGAGGCGUCCAGACCCCGGUUAGCCCCUCGGCGGGAAAGAGUCAUCUUAGGCACAUGCAGGCUGCAGGCAAUGUCCGCAAGCCCUCUCUGGAACCAGGAGCUAGUACUAACAGCAAAGGUCAGGUGAAGAAAGGCCGCAUCAGAGCAAACUCAGAGACAGAUGUUAAAAAGGAGCCCAGUGGUGCUAAAGCAGCUAGCACAGAGAAACGAGUUUACUCUGGAAGUAAGCGAGAGGUCAGUGGCUCCAAAGGAGUAGAGAGGGAAUGGCAGAGGGCAGAUGCUGGAGGUCAGGUUUCUAAAACUGGCAUGAAAAAAGUAGCUAAAGAUCAACAAUCUCUCUCCAAAGCCCCCCUUGGCAGUAAGCAAAAUGGCAAAGCAAAAAAUGUGCACUUUGUCACAAAGUAAUCCACCUAUACCCAAAACGUUUUACUUAAUAUUUACUGGGUAGAAGUGCUCAAAUCUAUGCUUGCUUAACGUGUAUUAGUGUAUUGCUAACAUUAUGUAACUAUUCUAUGGCAGUCUAAACCAGCCAGUUGUUUGCAGACUCGUAAAAGGUAAAAAUAAAUACCGUAUUUCCCGGACUACAAGUCGCACCAGAGGGUAAGUCACACUCAGCAAAAAAUGCGCUGUUGUGAGGAACAAAAAACACAAUGUUAAGUCACUUUGCUGUAUAAGUCGCAUUUAUUUGGUGGUACAGUAUUUUCAAUUGAGUCACAAGAUUAAACAAUACCAUAUAGUGGCCUCACUUGAAAUGCAGCAUUUGAAAUUUGAAAUGCAAUACAUUUUCCAACAAAAUAACAUUGUAUAAGUCGCUCUGGAAUAUAAGUCGCAGGACCAGCCUAGUGAAUGGAAAAAAAGCAGCAAUUUAUAGACCAGGAAAUACGGUAGUGAUAAAUUAGCUAUGAUUUCAGCGCAUAACACAACUCUUUUAUAGAACAAAAUUAUGCAGAACUCAUUAAGAUGCAUAGUACUUCUAUAGUCAUAAAGUUGCACUGUAACAAAUCGAUUUUGACAUAGAAAACUUACUGUGAUUCUACACAAUACUAGGUUUUGUAUUGCAUAGCAGGACAUCGUUGGACUGUGCAGUUAUUUUUGUUAGUAUAUGCUAUUAAUGUUGAAAUAGGUAUGAAAUUAGCAUCUAUCUUUUAACAGUUCUCAACAGUAGUCAUUUUAAGUGUAGUUCAAUCAUCAUGGAAUUUUUGUCAUUGAAUAAGACCUCUGCCAUUUUCAGUAUAGUUUUUGAUGUUGGAAUGAAUUUGUACUUGAUUGACCUUACUUUUUUUCUUGACGUUGCUUUUCAUCUACUCUUUGGUGCCUCAUGUUUUAAGAUGUGCGUUCAAUUAAGUUAUCAUUGGCUGAAAAGAAAGAUGGGCAAUAUAUGGUGUUGUAUUGUAACUAAUGUAAUUUCUUUCAGAUAUAUCUGCGCAGUGGUUUGGGAAGUUUGGUUAUAAGGGCUUAUCAUGUUUGAAUAGGCUGGAAUGGUCUAUGACAAUGUAUUUUGCCUCAAGCUGAGCUCUUUCUGUUGUUCAAGCGAGACAGUGUAAUGUUUGCUACGAAUGUAAAUGCAUAUUUUUUCAACUUUUGUAUAACAUAGUUCUAUUUAUGAUAAGUGACGUGUUAAACAUGUCUUGGUCAUUAUCAUUGCUGUGUUUACAUUUUAAUGUGCAAGAUGAAAAAGAUUUAGCUAAAGAGCUGAAUGUAUAUUUUCCAGUAUUCCUGUGCUGCAGCGUUGGUCAAUCAUGUGAUUCAAUGGACUUUCCAAUGUAGUCCACAUCAUAGCAGUUAUGCUGUAACACAGGAAAUGUAUUGAAUAUCAGGCUGCAUUCUUAAACAGUCUCAAAAAUACUGUGUUUACAUUAGAAUGUCUUACCCAUUUCUUGUAAUUUACCAUAUGAAUUUGAUUCAUGUUAACAAUGCAUCAUUGUAAAUAUUGUGAUGUGUAUUCACAUUGCACCUGUUCUCCAACUAUUCAUGUAAGUAUCAAAGCCAUAGAUCAGGGGAAACGGGUGGCAGUCUUCAUUAUUGAUGUGUAUAUAAUCCUAACAUGCACGUGGAAAGAUUGUGGUAUGUAUUUUCUCAGUGUUGAAUGCGAGUAUUUGUAAAGCAUAAAAAUAAAUAUGUUUUGCACUCA